AUGAGUCUUCUACGAACUACCUUCAUUCGCAAUGCUCCCCGCACCUUCGCUCGCAGCCCUGCCCUGAGCGUAAGCGGCAGACGCUUUGCUUCGCAAGACUACGGCAGCGGUUCCGGCGACCCCAAGGGUGAGAAGCCUCAACAGCAAGGUGCCAACCCUUCUGCCGACAAGGAGCACCCUGGCCCACCACCUCCUAAGGCCGGCCAGGGCAGCGGCGGUGCCACCAAGGCCGACAGCUCCGGCCACAACACCGGUGCCUCCAAGCAACAAAAGAAGAGCUUCUCUACCAUGGCCAGAAGAAUGGCCAGCCAAGACUACGGUAGCGGCUCUGGCGACCCCAAGGGUGAGAAGCCUCAACAACAAGGCGCCAACCCUUCUGCCGAUAAGGAGCACCCUGGUCCCCCUCCCCCGAAGGCUGGUCAGGGCAGUGGUGGUGCCACCAAGGCCGACAGCACUGGCCACAAUACUGGCUCCUCAAAGCAACAGAAGAAGAGCUUCUCUACUAUGGCUAGAAGAAUGAGCGAGGAACACCCCAAGUCGACGAAAGGCUUGGAACCCAAGCUCAACAAGAAUACCACUCCUACCGACGAGAAAGACCUUCCCGAGGAUGUGAAGCAACAUAACAAGGAGAUGGCCGAGAAGCCCAACCAAGCUGCUGAAAAGCUUAACGACGACAAGGGCAAGAAGGACGACAAGGUUAACAAGCAGUUCUGGGCUGGCCACGGUGGUGCUGACAAAGACCCUUGA